AUGCCAAUGCUCACAACACACUACCACCAACUGAACUUGGACUUGUCACAUUUGGAUUUAGAUGCAAUCAAGUGGAACAGCAGAGGCCAAGCGCUGGUCAAGGAUGCAACAAACCUCUCAGACGCUGGCAAGUUAUUCAUGUUGCCAGAUGACUGGGUGGAUGGCUGGAAGACUUGGCUAUGGUUGGCUGAAAAGUACCAACCCAACAUUGCCCCAGCAUGGCAUAACCACUUUGCCAUUGUGUUUUACAACCCAUCAUCCCACAGCAAUUUCAACUUGUGGCUAUGCUACAACAUCACAGUCAGGAAGCAUUGGAUUGACAAAGAUUUUGACCUUGGCACCUUGCAGGAAGGGAUCUACAAGAUGGUUGACUGCAACCUGGCUAUGGUGGCAACAGGCUCAUUAUCACACCCUGCUCCCAUAGACUCUGGUCCUUCCAGCUCCCACCACAACCAAAACAUGUGUUUUUGCACUUGGGGCCUAGUGUCUGUUGCCAAGGACCCAUACCCACAUGGCUCAUCCAUUAAAGCCAAUUGUUUCCACCCCUAUAAAUCAGCAGCCAUUUCCCACACUCCCAUGUCCUCCAACCCAUCUGGCAAUCCCAAUAAAUGCAUAUGCUGUAGCAGUACCAGCCAUCCUCCUUGGGCAUGCCAGGCUACCACCUGUGUCAUAACCUCCUAA